AUGAAGCCGUAUACGGCGGCGUCUGCACUCAAGCAGAUCAUACUGAUCUACCUGACCUUGUUAAUAAUUGCCUGCCGCGAGGUCGGGGCACAGGACUUCUCCUUGAACUCAAGCUGGAUUAAUCCCGGCGCCACCGACACUCGUGGGGACCGCGAAGCACUUGCCAAUGCCGCCGCACAGGUUAUCACACAGAAGAUGACUACCAGUGGUACUCUAGAUGACAUCGUCAACAGUCAAGCUCUUGCGAGCAUGUACUCUGUUCUCGCUCUCCAAGAUAUUCUGACCGGCAACAAGUCAUGGAUGGAGGCAGUCACCUCAAACCUCCGCACGCGGGCGAGCCAGAUCGAUAUCUUCUCAAAUGGCACCUCAGGAUCGUUGAGAACUACGACCAAUGCCGCUCAAUGGAGUCUCGCGUUCUACUACGCGUACGAAGCCUAUGGAGAUGUGUCGUUCUUGGAUCUGGCCAAAUCUGGUUUCGACCAAAUCUAUCCGUACUUCAUCACCUCCGACGACGCGAGCACGUACCAUGCGCCAGCCAAUCGCACAUUUGUAUACAACUCUACGAACGGGACGUGUCUCUCACAGGGAGCUGGUGGUAUCUGGUGGUUGCCAGAUGUCUUGGACAUUGAUGAGAUUCACACCGAUACACUCGGACCCUUCGCCGUGCUGUCUGGAUAUCUGUACAAAGCGACCUCGAAUGAGACUUACAAGGCGGCCGGCAUGCUUUCCACCCAGUAUCUUGGGAUCGGGUUGAUGUGGGAUGACUCACAGCUCUACGUACAUACGAAGAGCGCCCUUUACACAUGUACAUAUGUCGCCGAGCCAAGCCCAGGACCUCAAGGCUGGUACAUCCAGGCGUUGGCUAUGUGGGGUAACAUCACGAGCGAUGCUUCGCUCACACAACGCCUUCGCCAACUUGUUUCGUCGUCUACCCGCAACUCUCUUUGGACGCAAGACAACGGUAUACUAGUUGAUCCCACGCCCGGUCGGAACGACAGUGAUAACAUCUGGGAUGACAAGGCCAUCCUCGUCCGUGGUCUAAGCGACACCCUGCGCCGUUUUCCAACCUCGACAGAUCUCGUACCGUUCAUCAAGGCCUUCCUGAAUGUACAAUAUAAUGAACUCGUCAACAACGCUCGUGAGCCGGGCGGCAAUGUCUACUCUACGGCGCUCUUCGGACCUCCUCCCGCGAGUAACGCUUCGAGUGGCAACAUUCUCGCCCUGGAUGUACUCAACGCCGCCUUUGAUAUGCUUCCCAGCACAAACAAUGCAUCGGCGGGCGCGACGUCCUCAACAGCGCCAACAUCAUCGCCAUCGUCUCAAGAUGCAUCGUCUUCACCUGCUUCCUCUAAGGCGGGUGCUAUAGCGGGCGGCGUUAUCGGCGGCGCCAUCACGAUGGCUGUACUCCUCGGUGCGCUUCUCUGGUGCCGUCGCCGCCGCCACCGCGUAGCCCAGAAGACCCAAACGGCCGCCCCGGAUGAGCAGACGACCAGACACACAAAUUCGCAAACCAUGCCGGAAGUCGUGUCUGUCGAGCCUUACACUCUCAUGAGCUCGAGCCCCUCCCAUUCGAAGUUGACACCGGCCUCAUCUUCGGGCUUUCUCGAUGUGCCGAGCACGUACAGGAGGGCAGACUCUUCUUCGGAGUCUGCGGUGGAUAGCGCAGGCGGAGCGGAGCUUGGAGAUGAAGAGGUCUUGACAGUGUCAGCUUUCCGACGGUUAUUGAGGCAUAUGGUGCAGGAACAUACUCAGGGGUCCGCACCGCCAGAGUAUAGCAGUCGCGUUGAGUAG